UGCCUCAGCGAUCUUUUUAAAUGACUCGCCCUCUUUGGUGAAAACGAAGAUCAACAAGUAUGCCUUUUCUGGAGGCCAGGUCGAUAUCGACACGCAUCGCCAAUUGGGCGGAAAUACUGACGUCGAUGUCGCCUACCAGUACCUUCGAUUUUUGCACACCGACGAUGUGGAGUUGGAAAAAUUGGGCAAAGUAUUGAUAGUGCAUGCAAUAACCCUCAAAGCACGUUGCAUUGAGGUGGUGUCUGAAUUUGUUCUUAACUUUCAAAAUGCAAGGGCAAAAAUCAACGAUGAUGUCCUCAAGCAAUUUAUGAGACUACCCGCCCAGAUAAGGGAGGAUCAAUUGAUUGCCGAAAUUAAUUCCCUCAAGGCUCAACUCGAGCAUUAA